GAGACAACGUCGGACGCGAUCGGAAGCGAAAACUCGUCGUUGUUGCUCGACCGCGCGCUCGUUUUUAUUCCUUUUUCGCCUUGCUACUGCUUGGCUUGCAUGUGUAUAAAGAGAGAGAGAGGGAGGAAGAACAAAAAAGCUUGUCUCGACAUUUUGGAUUUAUUGCGGCUUUUUAUUGACGCAAAAUAUCGAGCGUACAAAUGAGGGUGAAGUAGUGUGAAAAAGUUUCAUAAAAAUCAGUCCCAAUCGAAGUUGGAAAUGGUGUUGGAAAAUUUAAAAUAAAUGCAGUGAAAAUUGUGCUUGUUUUUUUACGCUUCAAGUGGGCUUCUCUCAGAGGAGAUUUUUCAACGCAAGUGGGAGAGCAAGAACGGUCGGCUAUCGUAGUGUGCGUGACCGAGCUGUGAGAAGUUCAACGCUGCUGGAGAGAAAUAGAGAGUGCAGGCUGACGGCUGCACUUUUAGUCUGUUUUGAGCCCACCUAGGCGGGAGCUGCGAGAUACCUUUUAUUUGUGUAGCGUGUGUCCGAGAGUUCAACCCCGAACCGGAACAGAGUAGGCGGCGAGCAGCGAAUCAACAAAGUCACAAAACGCUGUCAUCUGCUUCUGCUACGUGCGAGAUAGAGAGGGAGAAAAACGUGCUGUCGAAGCUGGAAUUGUUUUAACAAUUUGAGCGUUAAAAAAUACGUGGGACAAGGUGUGUGGAUGAUGUCAUGGAUUCAACAUCCAAAUUUUAAAUAGCUGCGAGAGCAGAUACAACAACAAUCGACGCUAAUUAACACUGCGAAUACAAGUGUUGGGGGGAAGGAAAACAAACGGCUCCAAUUAAAAGCAACAACUCGACGUAACCACCAUUUGGUAAUAAAUAUAUCAUGAAAAUAGUGUUUCCAGUGCCCAGAAGAUGCAAACACGAGUUAAUUUGGAAAAGUUAUUGAAAGAGCCCAGAGUGAUUUAUGGACAGUGUUUUGUGGUAGUGUGAGUGCUUUUAUUGCCGUGUUCUCUCUGGUAUCGUUUUCGACACUUGAGCCUUUAACUUCGACUUAAAAUAAUAUACAUGUUUUAUGCAGUCGUGUUCGUGUGCGGUGGUUGUAAACAAGCUGUGAAUGUUUUUGUAUAUUAAGGAGUUCCAAAGUUGUUUUACACCUUCGUCGCGUGUGAGUGUGAACGAAUCCAAGUCAAAUAUUAAGCAGAUAUAGAAGAAACCCCAAAUAUUUUAAAAGUGCUGCCCAUUACUGGAAUAAACAAACCCACCAGAGAAGAGUCAACACAGACCUUGCUCCAAAAAUGACUGCCAACUUUACCCAACCUAUCACCAAUGUCACAUCGCUCAGCUCAACUUCACCGUCACCCUGCUGGAGGAUCUAAGAGUGUCAUCCACUUAACCGACCAAUUAAGCUACAACUUCAACCUUACAGUGCAGAAUUUGUUGCCAACUUUGUGUGAACAUCACUUCCGGCGUUAGAAACAACAACGAGAGGGAGGAAAAACAACAGCAAACGACCACCAAGGGCUGCGAAUGGAAUCAGCGCGCAAAAGCAAUAAAAGAUCGCUAAUAUAAACAAAACAGAGAAGGCGAGCUGUGAGCACAAACCGCAAAGUGAAUAAAGCAUCGUCCCCACCAAACAGAGCGUCGAGUCGUCAAGCUUUGUCAGCUAUAUUUGAAAAAAGUAUUACCUGCCGUUAAGAUUUGCAAAGCACCGCGGCGACCCAAGAGCUAUGGACGAUGAAAUCCUCAAAACAGUAGAAUCUAUGCUGGGCACCAACAUCCAGGUGGUGGAUUGCGAAAAGACUCAAACGAUUCGCGAGGAGGAAGUGCUGCUCAUCAAUGGCGUUCCGGUCACCCUAGAGGGCUCCGAUGGCAACGCCAUCAAAAAGGCCCUAAUCGCUGGCGAAAUUCCCUCGUGCGAAAUGCUCAAUCAGCUGCUGUUUCGAGCAGGAGUAUUGCGCCAACCGGUACAGCUUGAAACUUCGCUCAGCGUGAAAACGAGUACCGUGACAACCGAGGACAUUACGAUCGCUCGCAAUGGCCGGAUAUUGGACGAACGGUCGUGUGAGACAAAAGAGAACAACUAUUACACGAGCACUUCCAGUGAAAUCUGGGAGCCUGUGGCCCGGUUGAAAAAGAAGAAGCAACAAUUUAUCAACGCCAGCACCGUGGACGAUAUGCUCUCGAAUAAGCUCAGAGACGAACUGUACUUAGUAGCUGCUAAUGAAUCUUCCUGUGAAAACGUUCCAUCCCAGCCAACGCGCCAAAACUCAACCUGCACCGAAUCUUCCACCUCAUCCGAAUCCAACUAUUCAUCCUCGAGGCCCGUCAGCAACGUCUCGAACGCUUCGUACGACAACUUUGUCUGCCAGAUUACGCCCACCCAGCCGCGUAAGACUAACCUAAAGUCCACGUCGUCUACAAAACUGUCGCCAAACAAGCAGAGUGUGAGCUGCGAUUCCGGAAACGACGAGGUCACUCUCACUUCCGUCUACAGCAGCGGAAUCGGCGGCGGAGGCGGAGUAGGCCAUGAGUACUAUCCCUUUAACGACAUCUCCAAGACCAACACCACCAACUCCAUGCAGACGGACUCGUCGUUUGGGUGCGAAUUCUCACCGCCUACUUCAUUUCACGGCGAUGAACCUGACUUUGCCGCUGUCAUCGUUCGGAAUGAUGCGCCGCAGAAAAAGUGCAACCGCACGACGCUGCUGAUUCGCAGUAGGCCACAGCGACACGUCCGAACGAAUGACGCCAGCACAAACAGCACGGACGAUCCAAGUCUCAACGACGAGAAUUGUCUGGUGUAUCGGGACGGAAAUUUGAUUUCGGGCACGUUGGAGACGCUCAUCAAACACAUGGUUCCGACGGACGAGUACUACCCGGACCAGUCGUACCUGUUUGCGUUUCUGCUAAGCACGCGACUGUUCAUAAAGCCGCACGAACUGCUGCAGCAAGUGUGCGAUAUCUGCCACCACCAGCAGCAGCUGGGCGUGUAUCUCAGCAAUAAUAACAACAACGGAGUCGUGAAUCAGCAAAAAGCACAAAGUCUGAGCCAAUUUGCGUGCAACUUUGUCCAGCUACUCUCCGAGUGGAUCGAGACAUUUCCGUACGAUUUUCGUGAUGAACGCGUAAUGCAACACGUGCGCCUAAUGACGCAGAAGUGCAUCAACAUCGACAGCAAGCUUCGCACGGAAGUUUCAACCCUGCUGCAGAAUCUACUACAAAGGCUCAAAACCCUAGAAAAGUACGAGGAAUUUCUGGACAAAAUCAACGUCGAAGGUUCGAAGGAAUGUGAUAUAAAGUCCGGUGGGGGUCGGGCGGACUCCCGGAGCAGCAGCAACAGUUUCCAUCAAUCCACGGAAAAGUCAUCCUCGUCGAUUCACCACCACACUUCCUCGUCGACCUCGUCGGUCAACAGCAUUUCAUCGAUAAGCUCAACCCUAUCGACGCCGGACAUUACGGACCUGUGUCCGAGUCCGUCCGUGUUGGCGCACCAGCUGACGCACAUCGAGCUGGAACGGCUGUCGUACAUCGGGCCGGAGGAGUUUGUACAAGCGUUCGCCAAAGAAAACCCCAACGUGGACACGUCCAUCAAGGACAUGAAGAAGACGCGCAAUCUCGAGUCGUACGUGCAGUGGUUCAACCGGCUGUCGUACAUUGUCGCGACGGAAAUCUGCAAACACUCGAAGAAGAAGCAGCGCGCGCGCGUCAUCGAGUACUGGAUCGAGACGGCGCGGGAAUCGUUCAACAUUGGGAACUUUAACACGCUGAUGGCCAUCAUCGCUGGGCUAAACAUGUCGCCGAUCGCGCGGCUCAAGAAAACGUGGGCGAAAAUCCAGUCGGCAAAGUUUUCGAUUCUCGAGCACCAGAUGGAUCCGACGAGCAAUUUCAGCAGCUACCGGUCAACGUUGAAGGCGGCCAUGUGGCGCUCGGAAGGGGCCACGGACGAGCGCCAGCGGAUUGUCAUUCCAUUCUUCAGCUUACUAGUCAAGGAUUUGUACUUUCUCAACGAGGGAUGCUCCAAUAAACUUCCAAACGGCCAUAUAAACUUUGAAAAGUUCUGGCAACUGGCUAAGCAGGUCAACGAGUUUAUUGGCUGGAAGCAGGUGUCGUGUCCGUACGAGAAGAACCCCAAGAUCAUCAUGUUCCUACAGACCAACAGUAUUUUGAACGAGAACACACUCGCGAUGGCUUCGUUCGACUGUGAACCACCGGAAAACAGCGCCGAAAAGGACCGCUACAAAUCGCUAAAGCACGAACAUUACAACAACUAAACGGAUCUCUAGGUUCAGUCAUGACCUUUAACGAAAAUGUUCAGUUUUGCACAACAACGCUUGCGGAUGGUUUUAGCCCAGACCGUCGAUUUGAUUUUCGCUUGACCAUACCGUAUACAUUUCUCAAACGGUUCGUAGUAAGAACAUUCUGAGUUUUAAGGCAUAAAAUACAUAAACACACAAGAUAAAGGAUGGAGGUAAUCUUUCACUUACACUGCAUUUAUUGACAACAAAUUUUAGAUAUUUUAUACACGUACGAGGGCAAACACCUCUUCCCUAGUGUUAAGCAAUACUAAAAAGAAGUCACGUUAGCGGAACAUGCAAAACAGAAUGCAUCUUGCAAGGAUACAAAAGAAAAAAACAACCGGAAACAAAUCUAUUGAAUCAGUAAUUAGCGUUGUACGGGAUUCCGUACAUGAUGUGUAGGUAUUUUACACAGGUUAUUUCUUGUCGAUGAUGUUUAGGUUCUAGGUUCACCCAGUGAAAAUUUAGGCAGACUUGAAGGCGUAUUUCAGAAAUAUGAAGAAAGGCUGAUCAGAUUUUAUUUACAGCAUGUCAUAUUGUGAUUGGUUUUUUUGUUUGUUCGUCGUCGUCGUCCCCCCGUAUUUAGUAAGUUAAGUAUUUAUUUGUUGAUUCUUUAUAAUUUACAAAAAGUGAAAAAGCUUUGUUUUUGUUUGUA